UGGGGAGCUCAUAGGGCAGAAAGGCAAAGACAGCGUCUUGGCCUUGCUAUUUGCUAAUUCGGUGGCUUUGGAAAGUUUCAUAACCCUUCAGUAACUCAAUUUCCGUAUCUGUAAAAUGAGAAUAGUAUUACCUACAAUGCAGGCUUAAUCUGGUUUGAUAGCCUCGGCUCAUUUUCAGGGCUACAUAGACUUGAUGUGAAGCGUUUAUCAAAAAUACUAUUUACCGGGCAUAAUGGCACAAGCCUGUAAUCCCUGCUCUCAGGGAGUCUGGGGUAGAAAGGUCACGUGUUUGAAGACGGCUCAGACUAGUUAGCCAGUCCAGGACUGACUGGGCUACAGAGGGAGGCCUCGUCUCAAAACGAAGAACCCUCUUUUGUUGUAUAAAAAUAAUAAAGACUUACUUUAAUAUUUUAUCUGGCCUUUCUCUAAGCUCCAUUUUUUUUUUCUUUCUUUCUUUUCUUUCCGAGGCUGGCCUUGAACUCACAGAGGGCUGCCUGCCUCUGCUUCCCAAGUGCUGGGGAUCAAAGGCAUGAGCCACUAUGCCCGACUCCAACUUAGUUUUAAUACUGGAACUAAACAUAAAACAUUCCUUAUUGAUCUUAAUUGUACUUACCAGGCUAGAAGGUACUUGGUGGAAAAAGAAUAAAUAAGUCAUUUUCUUGGAAGACAGAAAAAUUAAUAUUAGAUGGAUGCUCGGUUAUUAAGCUAACUUCUGGUAUCCAUGUGUGAAGUGAAUACAAAGAAUUCCUUCGGUCAACAUUAUAUUAGCUAAUUUAUUUGUGUGAGAGUGUAUAUGCACAUGUGUAUGGAUGUGAGCAUUUAUGCAAAUGCAGAGGAGAAGAGGGUAUCCGAUUGGUUAUCACUUUAUUUCCUUUAUCACUCUUCAUAUAUUCCUUUGAGACAGGGUCUGUCCCCCUCUCUCCCUCUCUUCCUCUCUCUCUACUUUUCUCCCUGCCUCCCUCCCUUCCUCUCUCUGAACCUGGGGCAGUGUUUUCUCAGCCAAGCUGGAAGCCAUCCCCAGUGAUCCUUCUGUCUGCACCAACUCAGACCUGAAACUACAGGCCUGCACCUGGCUUGUUCUGUGGGUGCUGGCAUCUGAACUCUGGUUCUCGAGAUUACACAGCUCCCUCAACGAACAUUUUUGUUUUGGUUUCUUUUGAAAAUAUACUUGGGGAAAAUGGUUACCCACUCUCUUGUGUUUUAGAAGAGGCCUAGCCGGUGGCUUGGCAUGUCAAUAGUAACAGUGCAGCUUGGGCAGUGUGGCAACCAGAUUGGCUUUGAAGUGUUUGAUACUUUAUUUAGAGACUCACACUGUUCCCAGGGACUCUGCUCUAAGAGAGAAAAUGAGGCAUAUCAAGCAUCUUGCAGUGAAAGAUUUUUCAGAGAGGAAGAAAAUGGAGUUCCAGUUGCCCGGGCCGUGCUUGUUGACAUGGAACCUAAAGUUAUCAAUCAAACCCUAUCCAGAGCUGCCCAGUCUGGUCGAUGGAAAUACGGUCAGCAUGCAUGCUUUUGUCAGAGACAAGGAUCUGGGAACAACUGGGCAUAUGGGUACUCUGUGCAUGGCCCGAAGCAUGAAGAGCCUAUGAUGAACUUAAUCCAAAAGGAGGUGGAGAAAUGUGACUCUCUGAGUGGAUUUUUCAUCAUCAUGAGUAUGGCUGGGGGAACAGGAUCAGGGCUGGGAGCCUUCAUUACACAGAAGUUACAAGACCAGUACUCCAGUGCCUUGAAAAUGAAUCAGAUUAUAUGGCCUUACGGAACUGGCGAGGUUAUCGUGCAGAACUACAACUCCAUCUUGACCCUCUCUCACUUGUACCGGUCUUCGGAUGCCCUCCUCAUUCACGAAAAUGAUGUCGUCCACAAGAUCUGUGCCAAACGGAUGAACAUCAAGCAGAUCUCCUUCAGAGAUUUAAACCAAGUUCUUGCCCAUCAGCUGGGGAGCGUGUUCCAGCCUACGUACUCUGAGGACGGCUCGCUUCACUACCGCAGGAAUCCACUAGGAGACUUAAUGGAGCAUUUAGUUCCCCACCCCGAAUUUAAAAUGCUGGGUGUUCGUAACAUUCCACAGAUGUCUGAGAACUCUCUGGCAUACAGCACGUUUACCUGGGCUGGCCUCCUCAAGCAUUUAAGACAGAUGCUUAUUUCGAGUGCAAAAAUGGAAGAAGGUAUCGACUGGCAGGUGCGGCCUCCUUUCUCAGGCCUUCCACCUCUUGGCAAAAUGUCUGUCCACAAGGAUCUUCAUUUUAACACUUCUGUUGCCAACUUGGUCGUUCUCCGUGGGAAAGACGUGCAAAAUGCAGAUGUGGAGGGGUUUAAAGACCCAGCUCUCUACACUUCCUGGUUGGAGCCUGUUCAUGCUUUCAGCCUGUGGAAAACCCAGCGAGCCUUCGACAAGUACGAGAAGUCUGCAGCCCUGGUCAGCAACAGCCAGCUCCUAGUAAAGCCGCUGGACACGAUCGUGGGCAAGGCGUGGAAUAUGUUUGCAUCCAAAGCCUACGUUCAUCAGUACACAAGAUCUGGAAUGGAGGAGGAAGACUUCUUGGACAGUUUUACAUUGUUAGAACAAGUGGUUGCCAGUUACGGUAGUCUCUGACCCUAAGAGGAAAAGCACCUCACAGGAGUUUGGACUAAAGUAUUUUCAGAAUUGAGCCAUGCUCAGUGGAGGUCACGCGUGAGCCCAGCACUCUGGAAGUCGAAACAGGAGAAUCAGGAGCUCAUAGCCAUCUUUGGCUACAUCGAGAGUUCAAGGCCAACCUGGGCUACUUGAGACCCUAUCUCAGAAUAGAUAAAUAAAUACAAAUACUUGCUCUAAAGUCCAAUCUGUUAAAGUAAUAAAAUGGAAUGCUGAAUUUGGUAAACUGUUACUGAGACUUUUUUACUGUUGCCAAAAGAAAACUACUUUUCCACUAACUGAUGCCUCUCAAGCACUUUAAAUAUGACAAUAUUUAUAAAUGUGUGAUUUGGAGGAAUUAAAUUCUUUUUUCCAAUU